UGGUAUUGAUUUUGUAUAUGACGUUUAACCAUCUGAAGUCAAAUGCGAAUGCUUACGAUCCUGAGUCAGAAUUCGCAAAACAGUUCAACUGCAGAAUCAUUAGCAACGAAACGAUAAAUAAUGGUCUCGCUCCAUUUAACUUAAAAUGGAUUGAAUGCGAUAAUUUAUUUCCGAGUGUUUUUAUGCAUGCCACCUGCAUGACCCGAUGUCAAAACCCACGAACACAAUCAUUUCUUUCUUUAAGAAAAUACCGAAUUCAGCCUAUUGAAGCUAUUUAUAGCUUCGAAGCAAGAAGAAACUCAAAAAUAUUCGUUAUGACGAAAAGGUUGAUUAGAGGAUGCAGAUGUGUUCUCAGAUGGCGGGAGAAGCAUUACUCAAGGCGUUGGCCUGCUAGAACUUCUUAGAAUAAAUUUCAUUGUAAUUAUAUAUUCGAAAGUUUGGGAAAUGUUAUUUUAUCGUUUUUAUCAUUUCAAAUAAAAUCAUACCUAUUUUUCAUA